AUGCUCAUCAUGCGUCCGAUGCACAUGAUUCCGAUUGUCAUUAUGACUUUGAUGUACUCUAGUGCUGCUAAUCAUCGUCCCACUCCAGACUCCAAGCACACUGUUCUCUGUCCAAUCUGUGUGGAUCGCCUUUUUCACGAAAAGGAGCUUGAGAAUUAUUCGACCACCUAUGAAAUCCCGAAAGUAUUCUUCCCUUGCGACGCCCCUUCUCUCAAUAAAUUCGGAUAUGCAACUGUUAUGACUUGCGUUCAUUCGUGUAUUGAGUUUGCGGUCUAUGAUAAAUAUGCUCCAAGCAGAGUUUUAGCUCGCACUCUCGGUUGCAGCACGUUCGAGGCCAUUAGCUUCACUGAAAAGAGCAAUGAACCAACAACUGUCGUCUACAGUAUUCCCAAUGGAAACACAACAGAGAUUGGAAAUUAUCGCAUUGUUGUGAGACAUCACCCAAAGAACGUAUACGUCGACAUCACUGGAGUUAAAACGCCUUAUGCUGACGAUAAAGACAAGAAAUUGCCAGCCGAAAGUUACUCCAGAUACAUCUACAUUGUCACCAUUUUGCUCAUGUUCUACCGAGUGAUUGAAGACUUUCAGAGGCGCUAUCGCAAUAUGUAA